AUGGCUUAUGCUGAACGAUGGGCAUCCUAUUUGGACAGAACAGAUCGCAGACUCAAGUCGAGACGCAUCUCGAUUCAUAUCCCCUCUGCUUACAUACGUUUCACAGAGUCUUUCUAUUGUCACCGUGUGAAAGAGCCUGUGCACUCUGUCGAGGCUAGUAACAAUGGCGGCACUCAGUUUGGUGUGACGGCUUACUGUGGCCUUAUUGGGUAUGAUCUGAGAGAGCCGGACUUGGGAAAAUGGGAUCUCAAGUUGACGGUUGUUUUCAAGGAUGAGAAUAAGGCGGUGACUAUGGCGAAGUGGUGGGGAGGAUACUGGGGGAUACCAGGGCGGGACUGUAAGCACUUGGAAAUAGGGGGCAAGGGUGUGGCUGGGGAUAACAUCAUCGCUUCACUGGAGAUAGAUCCGUUCUUUAAGCCAGCGAAGAUCGUCGGCAGUACUAUCACGACGCCUGAUGGCAAGGACUACCUCUGUGAUGGUGUACAAGAUAUAAUCAGCUAUAUACGCAAGGACUAUGCGAUUUCCCUUUCGUGUGGCGGAAAGCCCUCAACCCUACACUGUGAGAGCCGGAGUGGCUCAUCUCAGUUCGCGAUGCAAUUUGGUAUGUUGAGGGAAGUUAAGAUCGCUAUGCAUGAGGAAUUGCUGGGAAAGUGUCCAGAUGUGUGGGGCGAUGGUGUGACAGGAGGCUCCUAUGGCGCUGCUGAGGCUAUGCUCCUCAUCAAGGACGGCAUCAAAGGUGUUGCUGAUAGAUGGGUGCAGACUUCCACUGGCAAGUCGACUUCAUGUGAAGCAGUGGAGCCACACAUGAUGUGGGUGAAUGGCAG